AUGUUGGCGGCAGGGCGGCCGUUGAUGAAAGACUACAAUGUGACGAUGGAGAUGUUUAUUCAGGAGUCGGAUGGUUACGCACAAGACCGGCGGCUUCUUGAAGAAAUUUUUAACUUAACUGCGUACCAAUCGCUGGAGGCCAUUACUAGGCCUCUUCACGAAGGUGUGUUCUCUCUCGGGCAACGUCGAGACUAUGAAAGAAAAGGAUACGAUCACUCCCAUUGCAAGGGAACACCAAAUGGAGUACUCACGCAGGUACUGACAGAAGCGGGGCGGGAGGCAGAGGAAAGGCUGAGACGAACGCAAGAAAUGAAAUUUACCAUUUCCACUAAUAUCGAAGAUGUACUGUUUAAGGGAAGAGCUCGCGUCAAUGAAAUGAGGCUGAACGACUUUCUUACGAGGGAACUGGACGGCAGGGGCAUUGUGGACACCAAUCGGGAUGUUUUGCUGAAGGAGUUUUUCAAGGACCCCACGAAGUAUAUCCGUGAUAAGGGAGUAUUGAACGAAAUACAGGCAUCAGGUCGUUAUUUGAGUAUGAAGCGAGCUGUGAAGGGUGAAGUGAUCUUCGAUGAGGAUAUACGCAAGCUAUGCGAUAAGGGUGUCAACAACCUACCGGGGCGGUCAUUAGCUGCUGCGGAGGUAAAAGCAGCUGUUCAUAACUCCACCAAACAUUUCUUGGAUGCAGCUGCCGAGGAGGCGAGGAACCCAACGACGACGAGCGCACCGGAGAAACUGGAGGGAUGCUACGAGUCUGUGUACAAUGCGAGGUGGCACCAUGUGGUGGAAAUUCCCGACGGCGUGGAGCGAAAGAAAACGGGGACGGGAAUGGAGGUGCAUGAGGGGAAGCCAGAACAGACAUGGUCGUACAGGGAAGCUGACGACGCUAUCGAAGAGAAUGACGCUGUGCGGCAAUUCGGUGCGGCACCUCCCGUGUUGAUGUUGCUUGCCUCGAGGAAGGGAUGGCCGCACUCGUGGAAUACGAUACAGGUUCUUCCCAAGGACGUUCUUGUAAACUGUGGGGUGGAUCGGGCGUGGCAGACCGUCCUUGACGAUCCAACCGCGUGGUUCGGCACUCACGGUGGGACCGACUUUAGCCUAGACGACGUGUGUUGA